AUGAAUUUCAACCUCUCAUCAGAGGAAGAUAUGCUGUGUCAGAAAUGUUUCCGCAGAUACAAAUCGAGAGGAUCUCUGUUGCGACAUCUGAAGAUGGAGUGCGGGAAGUUACCCGGAUUUCAGUGUCCCAAAUGCCCCUACAUGUCGAAACAAAAAGCACCCAUGAAGAGGCACAUUGUUCUUAUGCAUAUGCAGAAAGAUAUGCUGUGUCAGAAAUGUUUCCGCAGAUACAAAUCGAGAGGAUCUCUGUUGCGACAUCUGAAGAUGGAGUGCGGGAAGUUACCCGGAUUUCAGUGUCCCAAAUGCCCCUACAUGUCGAAACAAAAAGCACCCAUGAAGAGGCACAUUGUUCUUAUGCAUAUGCAGAGUGAUUCUAUUUAG